AUGAGUGCUCAAACUCCUCGUACCUCCCUACGACAGGGUCUGCGACAAGCCCCCAAGGUUAACCAACCCUUCAUCCCUGACACCGCGCCAGUACGCCGCUCACAAAUGCAUGGAAACCAAUCUCCACAACCAACAACCAUGUCCUUUACACAUUCGAUGUCUCCUGCGAAUCCAGACAGCCCUCAUAUUUCGAGCGAAAAUUGGGAGGGGAAAGAGUAUAGAGUCCCCAUGUCCACGCGCGAUGUGUGGACUCCUGGAAACCGACCAAGUUUAUUCAGCGGGUCUCUGGAAAGGGCCAAGGCAGCGCGACAGGCGGACUUCUAUGAUCCUUAUUUCCCUCUUAGAUUUAUCGAAGUCCCAAAGUCGGACCAUAUCUACAAACGUGCUCACUAUGGCUUACAAUCAGGAAUUCCGGACGAAGUCGAUUUUGCCCUAUAUCAUCUUGUUCAAAUAUCGAACCAGCGAGGGGAUAAAUUCAAAUUUGAGGGCUUUCCUUUGCUUGCGGAGAACUUGAUGGAAAAAGCCAUCGAGAUCUCAGUCCUCUGCACUGGAGUCAAAUGGGAACUUCAGUAUGAUUUUCGGCAAGACACAGAUCGCGUUAAUGUCCUCAACGCACUACAUGGCACUCGCGACGUUCUAGACAGGAUCAAAAAGAUUCCAGUUACAAUACCUGAUGACUCAUUGGAGACGUAUGAAUUCAAUCAUCGCCUCCGAAAUGUCAAAGAAGCGACCCUCAUCCUCAGAAACAUGGUCCUUCUAAAAGACAAUGCACUAUACAUCACGAGCUCCGCCCUCGGGCUGUUAAGAGACUUCCUAGUGGUCAUGAUUAACAUUCCAGAUCAGCCACGGCUGAACGAACUCAAGAACGACGCUCUUGAUAUAGCGGAGGAAGUGACCAAGCUCAUGAGAACUGACCCCGAGGACCCCCUGUGGAUAUCGUUGCUUAACUGCCUCGAUUCUCCCGACCGAGCCCAUGUCGUUCGUGCGCUUUGGGCCCUGACACAUUUCUCUACCGAGUUAGAUGAUUCAGAAGCAAAUCGCGCAAUGGAAAGUAUACCGAGAGAGUCCUUACAGCAGUUGUACUUACUCACAUUGAUGGACAUGGACAAGGAUGUUCUGAGUGGUGCACUUGACUUCUGGUAUCAAUACACCCUUUCCCGUGAGAACAUCGAGACUAUGAUGGACGUCUUCAACUUCCGGACUAUAUUUAUCCCCCGAAUGAUUGCACUAUUAACGCACGAGGGACGGCCGAGCAAGAGAGAAACGGUCCUGCAGGAGGAGAAGGUGGCACCACCCCCAGCCGAAAUCCCACGCGUUCCUCCAGAACUACUGAAAGAUCUGAUGGAACUGUCUGAGCCAGAGCGUAGCUCACGUUGGCUGCGCUGCUGUUUCGUUGAGGACGCGGAGUGCGAGAUUACGCAGAUAGCGCUCUGGCAGGCGUACCAAAGCCGCUUUGCUGACCCUCGGGUUCCUGGCGGUGGCGUUCUCCCUGCCGCAGAGUUCAUCAAAAAUGUCAGCACUACAUUUACGAAUGCUCAAGCGCAGGUAAUCAAUGGGCCUGGUUCAUCAACGAGGUUCAUAAUUAAAGGAAUCCGACCUUUGGAAAGUGCAUAUACAUUCCAAGGAUUCCCUUACAUCUAUUGCAAAUGGCAAGAUAAUACAAAACCCGCGAAGACAUGCCAACGCGCGUUCACCUCGCCGAUCGACCUUCGCAACCAUGUCUUCUUGGACCAUAUGGACUUGAAGCCAACCGAAACACCCCAGCAGUAUAACCUGGACAAUGCUGAAACGCCGGUUCACACUUGUUUGUGGGAUAACUGCACCAAAUUCCGCUCUUCUGGCCCCAGCACAAACACUGCUAUGGUCGCAGGCCAUGUCUCUUCUCAUCUUCCUGAGGACCGGCCUGCAGACACCGAAGCUCCCAGCUCUAAGCGCGCUGUGCUCCAGGAACGCAUUGUGCGGAAGUGGUUCUACAUGGAUACACCUGUCAGUGAGCGUGGAGAGCCUGUUGGUGUCGCAUACAAGGCUGCUCUUGUAAUGCGCAACCUGGCACGUAAUCUACCUAAUGGUAUUGCCCCAGGCUUCAACGGGCUUUCUUGGAAGAAGGUUUCUUUCCUCAGCCACCGUCCCAAGAUCAUUGAAGUAUGGGACCGCAACAGGUCGCUGCGUAAGGAACUUACCGAAUUGAUCAUGAUCUUAGAGAAGGAGGAAUACUAUUGA